AUGUGGGAAACGUAUUUAUUGGCAAGCGCAUAUGUGCUAACUGUAAAAGUGGGAGUUUGUGGAAAUUUAUGGGCAAUUGGUACCGUACUAAGGAAUCGACGACCAUAUAAUAAUAUUAUGCGAAUGUCGCCAAGCGAUCGACUUAGGAUAUACAUUUCAAUACUCGCUAUUAUAGAUUUAAUUGUAACACUAACAUUAAUCUCACGAAUUAUUUUUAUUUCCACAUCGAAUCUGAAUUUUGAUUUUGGUUGUCGAUUGAAUUUUAUUAUUGAACAUCCUGCGAAGUUAGCCUCAUUAACUUGUCUUGCAUGUAUAAGCGUGGAACGUUAUAUUACUGUGAGGAAACCUUUUAACAGCGAAAUAAGAAAACAAUUGCUUUUGAUCGUUCCUUGCGUUGCCGUAAUAAUUUAUUUAAUAACAUUGGCUGCCUUAUUUAUUGAAUUUCAAGCAAUCACUUUAGCUGAUAAUCAAUUUGACUGUACUUUACGAAUUGUCUAUUUAUCUGGUUUUAUAGCUCGUUUAAUAACUGCUAUAAUAUUUCUUUCAUUAUUAGCUAUUGUAAGUAUUAAUUAUGGUCAAAUCGUAAGACAUGUCAGAAGGAAGUUCUCAAAGCGAAAAGCUAGAGGCUACAAAGUAAUUUCGCCUCCUCGAUAUAUGCGACAAAUGACAUCGACCAUUAUUCGUGUGGCUGUUUUUCACGUUAUAUGCUGGUUGCCAUCUAUCAUUUCUUAUUUUUUAUCAAAUGAAAUUUUCUCAAUGGUUACUGUAUCAGUUCGUUUGCUCUAUAAUCCAAAUAGUAGUUCAAAAUAUUUACAAAAUUGGUUUGCAUUAGUAAUUAGCUGGUUAACGUAUGUAAAUUCGGCAUUUAAUUGGAUAUUAUAUGCUGCUAUGAAUAAAGAUUUACAAAUGCUCGUAAGAGCGAAUACCGAGCGCCGCAAAAGAAGCACUCUAUCUCAGAUAUCUUCACCAUUUACAACAAAAAGGCCGUUUUAUAAUAGCCUACGAAUACUUCAUGCAAAUAGUCCAAAUCGAAAAUCACUCGAAGAUCUAACAAUGUCAUCGUCUAAUUCAGGUUUUUCGUUUCGUUAUUUCUGA